AUGGAGUUACUGCAAUUUCCAAUCGUCCUGGCUUUAGCAAGCUUUUCUUUUGGUGUUUUAGCUUCCGUACAACAAGUUAAACCAUAUACGCCAUGCGAAAGACGAGUGUACGAGAAAUUGACAGAUCGUGCUAACGGAAUGAAAAUAUCAGAGGCGUUGAUCGAUUCGAUGGCAGUCUUGGUCUGUAAAGAUCUUGAGACAGAUGUUUCUCGAACUGUAGUGUAUUCAAAUACAGGACCAGAGAGUGGUCUUCUAUCAUUUGAUGCCAGAAGCAAAGUAGGUGUGGAUCUAUCUUCAGCUAAACUGAUUUUACAGUUUAAGCACGAUGUUCAAAGUAGAAAUUGGGUUUCCCUCACUAACCAGUUCCACCAGACUCUGUUCAACUUCACUGUGUAUGGUGAUGGCAGCCUUGAACUCUCCGUCACAGACACAGUGCGUCAGUUCUUACACGAAACCUUCAAUGACACUUUGAUGUUCUUCGUCCAGUCAAGCGCUACGUUUGAAUCAGUUGAUGGGAUACUGGAAAUGAUGUUUAGUGAACCCCCUAGCUCCUUGACAAAGUUAGCACUGCAGCAUGCGAUACCUCAGCUUCCAAACAACAAUACCAAUCAACACACAGAGAAUUAUAAAGACAGCUCAAACUACACACAGCAGAGCCCAGAUGUAAAUGCAACUGGAAUGGAUCUAUCAAGAUUCCUCAAGCCUUCUAGAGAUGAUUCACGCUUUCCACGUUCUGUGACACAUCGUAUCAGCGAACAUCAUGUGUGUAAGAAACACGCACUACGCAUUGAUUUUCAAGGAAUUGGAUAUGAUUGGAUAAUAUCACCAGUAGGUUUUGACACACAUAUGUGUAUGGGUUUAUGUAAACAUCCAUUAGAUGGCUACUUACACAAGACAGUCCAUGCCACACUCCAAGCUCACCUCAACCAGCUGGGAGUUCGCACCGAUGGUGAAGAGAUUCCAAACCCAUGCUGCAUACCAGACCAAAUGUCUCCCAUCACUGUGAUAAUACUGGAAAGACCCGAUAUGUUCACAACUUUUAAUUUUCCAGACAUGGUGGUAGAGUCAUGUGCUUGCCACUAAUUGCGUGUAUCAUACACUUUAAAUGUUUUUCUUCUAAUUCUAGUAAUGGUCAACAUUUUGAGAAAAUCACAGUGACU